AAGUUUUUUGCAGUUACUGACCGUACUGUGCAAUAUUUUGAUGAUAAACCGAAAGUGCAACUACGACCUUCUCACGGCUACUCUUUUCUGGUUCAGGCAAAGUCUUGUCUGGUCUUGUUCUUUCCCGAGCUCAGAUCUACCGUGUCAAAGUAAUGGCGGAAGACAAGGAUGCCACGUCAGUCCCUCUCAGUCAACCCGCCGCCAACGAUCCAGAAGACCCACUCAAAUCUUCUCCCAAUUCACCCAAUUCGUCUACUCGCAAGGCUUGUUGUUACUUCCUUCAAAGCUGGGUCUCGAAGAAGUUCAUGACUGGAUGUGUAGUUCUCUUUCCUGUUGCGGUUACAUUCUUUAUCACGUGGUGGUUUGUUCAGUUUGUUGAUGGUUUCUUCAGUCCACUAUACGAACAACUAGGCAUUGACAUAUUCGGACUGGGUUUUGUGACAUCACUAGUUUUUGUGUUCUUAGCUGGUGUGUUUGUCUCAUCAUGGCUGGGAUCUACUGUUUUCUGGAUUGGAGAAUGGUUUAUAAAGCGAAUGCCAUUUGUUAAACACAUAUAUUCAGCUUCCAAGCAAAUCAGCUCUGCAAUAUCUCCAGACCAAAAUACGACAGCUUUUAAGGAAGUGGCAAUCAUAAGUCACCCGCGUGUGGGUGAAUAUGCUUUUGGAUUCAUAACAUCUUAUGUCUUCCUUCAGAAAGAUGAUGGUGAUGAAGAACUGUGUAGUGUGUUUGUCCCAACUAAUCACUUGUACAUUGGUGAUAUAGUCCUUGUUAGCUCCAAGGAUAUCAUAAGACCGAAUUUGUCAAUCCGUGAAGGCAUAGAAAUCAUAGUAUCUGGUGGCAUGACAAUGCCGCAAAGCAUUUCUCCUGUGGAAAGGAUUGCUCGGCAAAGUGAAAGGAUCCCACUUAACAGAAUAAUGUGAUUGUGUUGAUGCACCCAGUUUUCUGUUUUCUGGACUGCCGGUGGGUGAGAGUACUUAUGAUCCAGGGGAUGAUAGUAUGAGCUAGCUGUAUACUUACUGUAAGAAAUUCAAGUUUGAGAAUGAAAUGGACAGCUCUUCAUAUAGUAAUUAGGUGUCUCUGUGUGUAUUAAUUUUGAUAUAUAUACACAUAUUUAUAUUUAUAUACCUCCCAUCGUUGAAAUUAUUUACAUACUUUACCUUUUCUAUUUCUCUUUCUUCUACCUAUCUCUGAAGUCUCAA